AUAAGAACUGGUAAAUAAGUAAUCGUAGGAUAGACAAAAAAAAAAAGAAGAAGAGAAACGAAGAAGACAGAGCUACAGAAUGAUGAAUUGUUUUAUGUUUUACCUUCUGCCCUGCUUCUUGACGUUCCAACCAAUUCUUGUUUGUUCAAAACCUGUCAUCACAAAUGUUAAACAUCCAGAUUAUCCGGAUUAUGCAAUUAAGUAUCUCCAAAGCUAUGGCUACUUACCAUUGAAGAGAAAAUCUCAAAAAGUCGAAAUUUUUAAGGCUGUUUUGAAAUUCCAGACAUUUAUGGGUAUACAUACCACUGGAUUAACAAAUAAUGAAACCAGCUUAUUGAUGACGAAGCCAAGGUGUCCUGCACCAGAUGUUGGUGUCAAAAUAAAGAGAAAAAAUUUGUUUAAUGCUAUCAGAAAAUAUGACAUUACAUAUUCAAUUUCAAAAUGGGGAAGAAGCCUACCUCACUUUAUCCAAAAUAAAACUAUAUUUAAGGCUCUACGAUCUUGGGCAUCGCCAAAAAUUUUGAUAAACGUCGAAUGGGUGGAGAAAAACGCCAAAGUUGAUAUAGUAUUUACAGAAGACUUUGACAAAGAGAAAGGAGUUAAAACUACAAAAAAAUUGUUCUUAACAAAGAUUACGACUGGGAAAAAUUACACUCAUAAAGUUUACCUAAAUAACGAUAUUAAUGUUACUGAGCAACAAUUGUACAAUGGAGCUCAUCAUGCAUUUGGGCACGUUCUGGGAUUUUCUCAUGGCAACAUAACAAGCAACAUGUUUCCCAUAUUCGACUUGACACAAACUGAAAAGGAAAGAUACCGCCAUAAUCAAAGUAAAACAGCAAAAUGUUCGUUAUCGAUUACGUCUGUAUUCAGCAGCAUGGCUGAUGGAUUGACGUAUUUCUUCAAAGAUUCUUUGUAUUGGAGAUUAUCUGGAAAGUACGAAAUAGAUAAAGGAUAUCCAAAAAAUAUCACGCAAAAAUGGAAAGGAAUUCCUAAUUCAUUCGACGAAAGCUUCCUCUGGGGAGCUAAUUGGCAGACGUACUUCUUCAAGGGAAGUAACUAUUACAUGUACGAUGGUUCAAAAGAUGAGAUUUAUAAAGGAUACCCGAAGAAGAUUAGUCAAGGCUGGCGUGGUGUUCCAAACAAUAUUGAUGCGGCUUUUACAGAUCGUCAAGAUAUAAGUUAUUUUUUCAAAGGCGAUCAAGUUUACAAGUAUGAUAACAGUAGAGAUCGAGUUGCUUAUGGAUACCCGCUGAAAAUAAGCAGUAUUUUUCAUGGCUUGCCUGCUAAUAUCGACUCUGCUUUUAGAUAUUACUACGACGGCGACGUAUAUUUUUUCAAAGACACCAAAUAUUAUAAAUGGAAUGAAAAGUAUAAUCAAGUUGAUGGCCCUUUUUAUAUCAAAGAUGGUUGGUCGAAACUUUGCAUCGAUUAGUUGCUUUCUCAAAUACAUCGCCUAGGCGAUAAAACAGAUUGUUCUGCUAGGACUCUAAAGAUUAACGACUGGCAGAUUGUAUUUCUCGAAACAAUGUUAAAUUGAAAAGGCACUUCAAAACAAUGUCAACGUAAGAGAAAACUAGCUAGUGUAAAAUAAAUUAUGACGCGCCUAAAAUAUAGUUUAGUUCUUGGUUUUUAAAUGUGCACUUUGUUUUUUAAAAUAUGUAUUUGGUACCGCAUUUGUACUCCCUUGUUUUUUGAUAUGUAUUUAGUACUGCAUUUGUACUCCCUUGUUCGACUUCUAGUGAUAUUU